CCCGCAUCAGUUGAGUUGGCCCGCGGCUCCUCGUCAGCUGGCCGUGCGUAAUUCAUCCAAGCGUCCUCCUGGCGGGGGGUUCUUUACGCGCGGUACCACCAGGAGCGUCCCCCCGGUCUCUGCGUCUCCCAGCCAGCACCACGCGAUUGUUUCCUUUCUCUUUUUUUUUUAUCCUCUUGUGAGUGUGACAUCAAAUGGGGGGAGCGGACUGCACCAGAGGGAGCUGGACGCCGACAGCAGCAGCACUUUGAACGGGCUCGAACCUCCGGGAGGAGCCCGACAUGUACUGAGCGACGCACGGCGGUUGCAGCGCACGAGGAAACGGCAGAUUGUGAGAAAACAUGAGCGGCGGGGAGAUCAUCUUCCAGGGCUGGCUGAGGAAGUCGCCGCCGGAGAAGAAGCUGCGGAGAUAUGCGUGGAAGAAACGCUGGUUCAUCCUGCGCAGCGGCCGCAUGAGCGGUGACCCCGACGUUCUGGAGUACUACAAGAAUGACCACUCCAAGAAGCCCAUCCGGGUCAUCGACCUGCACUGCUGCGAGCAGGUGGACUGCGGCCUGACCUUCAAGCGGAAGGAGUUCCAGGACAGCUUCGUGUUUGACAUCAAGACCUCGGACCGGACCUUCUACCUGGUGGCGGAGACGGAGGAGGACAUGAACAAGUGGGUCCGCUCCAUCUGCCAGCUGUGCGGGUUCAACCAGUCGGCCGACAACCACGAUGGCAGGUCGCAACAUAUGCCACGUUCUGUCGGAGCAGAUGACACCGGCUCCGCGGCCCCUCUGACCGGAGAGCGCAAGUCCUCCGCCCCCGUCCACUCCAGGCAGCCGGUCCUCUUCACCUUCGACGUGCCCGUGCGCCACUCACACUCCGGCUCCUUGUCCAACAGCGCGCCCCAGGACUACCUCCUCCUCCACCAGUGCAUGAGCAGGAAGACGGAGAGCGCAAGGAGUGCCAGCUUCUCCCAGGCCACACGGAGCAACCUGUUCGUGGGGAGCGACUCUGCUGUGCAGAAACUCUCUCACGGCUUCUCCCACUGUCUGAACGGCAUGGGCGGCCAGUUGCACGGCUUCUACAGUUUGCCCAAACCAGGAAAACACCAGUUACCCUCGCAGGACGACUCGUCCGAGGAGGCCUGCUACGUGCUGCCGCGGGGCUUCAGCUCCGAGGCGCCGGCCCACAGCGGGCUGGGCGACUCGGAGCUGGAGAACGAGGAGGUGUACACCUUCAAGACGCCCUGCAACGCCCUGGCCACCAUGCACGACAGCGAGCGGCCCACGGACAACUACGACAUCCCCACCACGCCCGGCUCCUUCUACCAGAUCCCCCGGACGUUCGAUAAGAAUCACAACGCCCUGACGCCCUCCAGCUCCGAGUCGUCCUGUGCGCCCCCGCCCAGGCCCCCGAAGCCCAGCCAGGGGUCGGAGGGCCAGUGGGGGAGUCCCCAGUCGGUGGGAAGCCAGAACGGGGAGGUGACGCCUGCGGUGUCGGUUAUCCCACGCAGGAACACUCUCCCUGCUGUUGAGAACAUCAGGCUGCACAGAGGCUCCUCCUUCGAAACGAACAGCCACCACCGUCCCAUCCAUUUCAACAGCUCAGGCCAGUCUGUGGAGUCGGUCAAUGACGGCUUCAGCUCCUACCUGAGAACCAAAGCCCCCCUGACUCGCUCCGACAGCGGCAACUCGGAUGACAACUACGUGCCCAUGAAUCCGGGCUCGUCGCCACUCAGCGCCGCCCUGGCUGACAGUCCUAAGAAUAUCUACAUCCCCAUGAGCCCUGGGCCACAUCACUUUGAUUUCCCAGGAUUCUCUGCAACGCUACCUGCCCGCAAGGGGAGCAGCGCCUCCCUGUGUCACCGGCCCAGCCGCCUCAGCGAUGUGACGCCACCGCCCAUCAACCGCAACCUCAAACCCAACAGGAAGUCGAAGCCAACACCUCUGGAUCUGAAGAACAAUGGGAUUAUUGAUGAGCUGCCAUUCAAGAGUCCGGUCACCAUGUCCUGGAUUCGGCCCAUGCCGCCUAUGAACUCCAUAUCCUCCCAGCAUUGUCGACCCAUCUCCACACAGAGCAUCACCAGCACCGACUCUGCAGACAGUGAGGAGAACUAUGUGGCUAUGCAGAACCCAGCGUCUACCUCGCCAGCCAUGAGCGGCACCAGCAGCCCGGCCCCCAGGAAGUGCGGCAACGUGGACUACCUGGCGCUGGACUUCCAGCCCGGCUCACCCAGCCCGCACAGAAAACCCUCCACGUCCUCCGUGACCUCCGACGAGAAGGUGGACUACGUGCAGGUGGACAAGGAGAAGACCCAGGCCCUGCAGAACACCAUGCAGGAGUGGACCGAUGUGCGGCAGUCUACUGAGCCCGCCAAGGGGGUCAAGUCCUGACACUGACUUGUACGAAAAACAACACACGGAAUAUUCCAAUCUGAAGACAAGCAUCGCCAGUGUCACGUUCCUACCACUGCUAUGAAUGCUGGGCGGGCUGGUUUAAAGCCUGAGACGUUUGGACACAUAAGCCAUAACCGACCCUGACGCCUGUUCUCUGUGAUGAUGACUACUGCAGGAUAUCAGGCCAUAGAGGUGAAGCUUCCUGCCAGAGCUCUCCACGCAGACUGUUAGAACAGAGUAUGGACAGAUGAUAAUGUGUAUUAAUGUAUAUCAUCCUUACUUAUCAAUCA